AGCAUGUGCACUUCUUUUCUGAAAUGUGCAGUACACUCAACAUUGCAGUGAUUUUUUCCCCCCUCCUUUGCUUAGAACAGAGGUGAAAACCCCAGUGGAUUCUAGUAUCCACUUGAUAGGCUCAGUCUCUCUUAAUCAGCCUGUAAUGGAGCUAAUGGCUGUUUGUCAUCCUUGGAGAUAUAAAUUUCCUGGCUGUGUCUCCUGCAGACAGUGCAUGAAGUAUGCUCUGUGUGCCAGCAAGGACUGAUAAUCAGCAGAAGGGCAGGGUGCUUCGUUAGCCAGGAGAAGAGCCAGGGAGUCCGCCGCCAGGCUACAGAACUCGCCUCGCCACUCCUGAGACAUGGAUAAUGCCGUUGACGGACUGGACAAAGCUUCCAUAGCAAACUCAGAUGGCCCGACAGCAGGUUCGCAAACCCCUCCCUUCAAGAGAAAGGGGAAACUCUCCACCAUUGGUAAAAUCUUUAAGCCUUGGAAAUGGAGGAAAAAGAAGACCAGCGACAAGUUUAGAGAAACCUCAGCAGUAUUAGAAAGGAAGAUAUCCACAAGACAAAGUAGAGAGGAGCUGAUAAGAAGGGGAGUUCUUAAGGAAUUGCCUGAUCAAGAUGGAGAUGUAACAGUUAACUUUGAAAAUUCAAACGGGCACAUGAUACCCAUCGGAGAGGAACCUACCCGAGAGGAAAAUGUAGUAAAAUCUGAAGAAGGUAAUGGCUCUGUAGCUGAAAAAGCACCACCUCUGGAGGAAAAGGCAGAAGAUAAGAAAGAGAACACUGAAAACCACUCUGAAACAUCGGCAGCUCCUGCUCCACCUCCUCCAGCUCUUCCUAAACCUAAACCCAAACCUAGGCCCAAAAAAACACCUGUGUCUCCAAAAGGGGCCGCUGCUGGUGCCGGCCCCAAGGGUGACGAAGUGCUUCCUAUUAAAAAAAUUACCAAGGCUCCUGGUAAGCAGGCCCCCAUCCCUCCACCCAAGCCAACAAGCCGAAACACGCCCCGAGAGGCCGCUGGUUCCUCUCAUUCAAAAAAACCAACUGGCUCCAAAGCAUCAGCUUCACCGUCUACUUCAUCCACCUCAUCUCGCCCCAAAGCUUCAAAGGAGACAGUUUCUAGCAAAACAGGGACAGUGGGCACCACAAAGGGCAAGAAAAAACCUGGCAAACAGCUGUCUCGACCAUCCUCAGAGGCAACUGCUUCUGGUGUGUCCGACCUUAAAGGAGAGCCUCCAGGGACCAGCGUGCAAAGUCUCAAACCGGAGCAGACUAUCCCUGGGGCCGAGGAGCAGACCGCAGGCAAAUCCAAGUCUGCAGUCCCUCUGCUCCCUGGGGCUCCUCCUCCAGCCCCUCUUCCUCCUGAGGAGCAGUAUAUGGUUGCCUCAAACACUCCCAUAGUCCUAGUCAGCAAUGGCACUGACCUGCCCAUCCCUGCCUUAGACCCAGGUCAUCCUCUCUGGACUGAAGAGCCGACAAGCAGAACCACUGUCCACUCAAGCACUGGCUUAAGUGUUAGCAGAGAAAGCGCACAAUGUUUCACAACCAAAGAUGAGCCAGGAAAGGCAGUACCUCAGCAGCUGAGCCCAGGGCUGAUGGGAGAACCUUCCGGAUCCAUCAGCACCCCUCAGGACACGAGCCCAAGGGAAUACCAGGCCAACGACUCUGAUUCUGAUGGGCCUGUCUUAUACACCGAUGAUGAUGACGAUGAAGAGGAUGAUGACGAGGAUGGCAAUGGAGAAAGUGCCUUGGCAAGUAAAAUACGGCGAAGGGAUACUCUCGCUAUUAAACUUGGCAACAGACCAUCUAAGAAGGAACUAGAGGACAAGAACAUCUUGCAGCGUACAUCUGAAGAAGAGAGGCAGGAAAUCCGACAACAAAUUGGAACCAAGCUAGUCAGGAGACUUAGCCAGAGGCCCACAAGUGAAGAAUUAGAGCAAAGAAAUAUUUUAAAACAAAAGAAUGAAGAAGAAGAGCAAGAAGCAAAAAUGGAACUUAAACGCAGACUCAGCAGAAAGCUCAGCCUGAGACCUACAGUGGCAGAGCUACAAGCUCGAAGGAUCCUGCGGUUUAACGAGUAUGUAGAAGUCACCGAUUCUCCCGACUAUGAUCGCCGGGCCGACAAGCCCUGGGCCAGGUUAACACCUGCUGACAAGGCAGCAAUAAGGAAAGAACUAAAUGAAUUUAAAAGCACAGAAAUGGAAGUUCAUGAAGAGAGUCGACAGUUUACAAGGUUUCAUCGUCCAUAAUGAAGUACAAGACUCUUUUGAAACAUAAACUGAUCAUCUUUGAAGGAAGCCUUGCUUCCUGAAAGCCUGAUAUUGCACUGGGAUUUGAAUGUGUGUGUUUCCGUUUAACUUGUGAAGGAAGCGUGUGAAAGUGCUGGAAAGUUCCCUCUCUGUCCAGCCCAGAUGGGGCCAGCAAGCAAAGGAAAGGGUGCAGUGACUCUGCUGUCCAGCAUGUAUACUGAUGGUAAGGGACACAACCAUGGUUACCCCACUUAUUCUUCAGGAGUUUUAAUCAAAGAAGAUGAGCAGAAGACAAUCGCUGGCUCCCUGUUACUAGAAAGCCAAAUUUUAGAGUGCAGGUUAAAGAAAAAUGGGAAAUGGAAUUGCUGGGCACUGAAAGGGGUGGGAGUUGAAAAAAAUCAGGAAGAAAGAAAUAUUUCAUUAUGUUAAUGAAGAAAAAAAUUGAAGCAUAAAUGUGUUUUUGAAGUAGGCUUUGGUAAGUGAGAACUUAUUAAGGGAUUGGGGAAUCUAAUCACCUAACGUGGAUUCCUUAAAAACCUGAUCUUAGAAGAAUAUUCUAGUCUCACCAUUAUGUUGGUACAGUAUAGUACCAUUAUUUUAUGUUGUGCCAGUGAAUCCAAUUGCCAGAAAUAAGUCUGAGUGUUUUCAUGCAUCUUUUUCUUAAGUGCAAGAGGCUUGUACUGACUCUUAACAAGCAUGCUUACCCAAAUUUUGUUGCAUGCUUUAAGUAGCAGAGCUAUACAUAUUUUACCUUUUUUUUUUUUUUCAUAUACUUCUUACCUAAUGUACCGACCUUCCACAAGGAUAACAGGACUGGGAAUAAUAUGAGGUGUAAUGUGACCCUAUAAAUUGAUAGCAAGCCUUAGAAAUAAAUUUUUUGGUCUUUCCCUAGCUUGAUUAUCUCCAAAGUUGGAACAACUAUACUUGAUCUAAGGAAGACAAUAUUGACAGUCAUGACACCUUUUCAAAAAAAUCUGAAUCCAAAGUUAGAACUUAAGCAAAAUGCAAGUGUUCUGCCAGCAGUUAGUUCUGACUGGGACUGCAAAGGACUCGUUAUUUUCAGGGCUGAAUUAAGUUGGAUUGCUGCUAUUAUAAAAAAUAAAGUACAUGAAUCAAAAAAUACUCACCCAAAGGCUUACAAGAACACAGAAGAUUUUUACUAACUUGCCAGUGAGGAGAACUUCAUUUUGUAUUUUAAGAGUUUGCAGAUUACAUUCAUAAAGAGAGCACUGACUUUCAGUGCAAAACCAUCAGUGAGAUUAAAAUCAUGAAAGGUUUCUCUAUGAGCCUGCAGUCAGUAUUGUUUACAUUAAGAAACCUUCUAAUGUCAUCCUACUAUUUUUUCCAUGGCGUCAUCGGCACAGCAUGUCUUCUGCUCCCAAAUUCAUAUGAGCAGAUGUAAAUACUACCUUGCAUUAAAUUGUUCUUUCAUGAUUGUCUUGUGCCCCUUUUAUUAAAAACAUAUAAGGUGUAUAAUAAUAAGAAAAGACCUAAAUAUACUUUAUUUUACUCUCAGAGCAUGAGGUAGAAUAUUCUGAAAUGUUUCUGGUUCAUAAUAUAGAAGACUAUAAUUUUCAAUUUCAUCCAAAAAUCAGUUUAGUUUAUCUGGUGGAUAAAUUUGAUCCUAUUGUUCACUUAUAUUUUAAAGAGCCACUCAAAACCGAGUGAUUCUUGCUUAAAAAUAAAAAAAAAAGUAGCUCCAGUAAGCUUAUUACAAAAAGCCAGGACCAUUUUAUAGCUAAGAAAAGUAACCAGCAUUGUUGCACUCACCUAUGUGCAUUAAUAAUAUCAACCUAGAUCCUGUACUGCUGCCAUUUCAUUAAUAGGAUACAACAUAUUUUUGCUCUGAAAAAAAUUUUCUGCAUGCCCAAGUAUCUUUCUCUGGCUGAGGUUUGUCCAUUUUUCAUAGUGUUUGAAUCUAGCCAUGGACAUUAACUUUGUUCUAAUUUUUUGCUGAAGUCAUCCUUUUCCUUAUGAUAUUACUGUAUUAUCAUUUUAGUGUCUUGGGAAAAAUACAAGGAAUGUAAUGUUUUAACUUUCUAUACUUACGCUCUCUAAACAUUGACAUUUCUAAUCACAAGGUUUCUACAAAAAUAUUCAAUAUAAGACAUUAUCACUGUUUCAUCAGUCAAGAUAAAUGUUUUAGAAAGUCUCUAUUUGAUUGAUAAAAAGAGCAACUUUUUCCCAGUCAGUGCAUAUGAUGCAGUUUUUAAUUCCCCACGAUGAGAUUUACCCAGUACAAAAGUGAGAAUCCGGUCCCUCAAUAUACUGUUUUCCUUGUAUGAUAUGUCAGAUUUACGAACUACCCACACCUUUUCUUCACACUGAUUGACAUAUUUAGAGGAAAGUUUAAAAGUUAGGAGUUAAAAAAAUUUUUUUAAUUAAUCUCUACUAAUCUUGAUAUUUAAAAAUCAGACCUACUGAUUAUAUCAUUAGAAUGAUUCUUUAAAUAAAAAGCCAUGGUAAAAAUUGAAGGAUUAUGAGCUAAGCUAUAUUCUGCAGAAUAAGGCUCCAGUUUAAUAGCUAAUUUUAAAAGGUAGAAUCACUGCAUUUCCAUCCCAGGUCUCUCGCCUGGCAGCCCUGAAAGGAUGCAAAGGUGUGGACCACCCUCAAUUAUGCCUCUGCUCCAAGUCAGCAUUUCUACAAUCUGGCCAACAAGCUGCAGUUCUAUAGAGAAAAUAAGUGUGUGUGAGGAGUGGGCUGUUGUAACACAACACCAGAGUUUUCCCUAUUUCAAAAGGAGGCAUUAGGCCGACAAAGAGGAAGUGAGUAGGUUUUCUGAGUCUCCAAGAUAUGACUAAGGAAGAAAACAAACCCUUCUCCAGGAAGAUCCCAGGCAAGAAAGAACUAGACAGACUGUAAAAGCCAAAGCGGCCAUUUCCAUCUUUUUUUAAAUGGAGGAAAAGAACAUUAACUUCAAAGUAGUAAGAAGACGCCUUUGGCUUUAUCAGCAUCCUUGUGAUCAUUAGCAAGCAGUCAGACAAAAUUAGUUCUCUGGUGAUCAGUUUAAUUUAAGGCAGCCUGCCUGGUAAUUGCCUGUGUACCUGAAAUGUCUUGCAUAUUUUAUGUUUGAUAAAAUUUAUCUUUAUGUUAAUUCCUUAAAUUAUUUAAAUUAAAUCUAUAAUAUUCAGAGAACCAUUUGGGGUAUUUAAAACAUGUUUUAAAUGGAGGAAAAAACAAACUCAUCUCUCUCUCAGAUUUACCCAGAAAAACUUGACUUUGUGGUUUCAUUUUGAUAUUCUUUAUUAGCAUAAUGAUUAUAAUCACUUGUCUGUAUUCUUUUAGUAGAAAGUUCUGCAGUGUAAGUGAAAAUCUAUUCAAGAAAGUAGUGGAAUUGAAUACAUCCCUCAAAAACAUCACAUAUUGAAAAUGAGAGCUAAUUCCUUAAAACCUAUCAUUUGGGUUUUACACCCUGCAAUUAAUUCAGUGCUGCACUGGUACUUUUAAAAAAUACAGUAGCUUAUACUUGAGAGGAAAAAAAACAACUGUAGUAACAUUGCAUAUCCAAUAUUACAUUUUAACACAUGACAAGUAUGUAUUUAUACCUAAUAGAGUCAGACAGACAUAACUUUCAAAAAUGGCACUGUAUUCACAAGAGAAAAAGGCAGUCGUGUUCACAUUCAGAUAGUGAAAGCUUUCUUUUCCUCCUUAUUGCUGAAAUAUUUCUUAUAUUAUUAUUUUUUAAGUGGUGCUAGCAGCACAAUUCACAGAGUGAGAAAUCUUCCUAAGAAUAAGGGAGAUGGAAUCAAACUAGUACAAGAUACAUAAAUUUAUAUCAUUCCACCAGUGUGGUAGCUUAAGCAUUCCUAAAUUCCAAUCAUAUUAUGAAGCCUAACCUUACUAGUUAGAGUUAUUCAUUUUGAGACAAGAAUUCCUCACAUCAUGAGAAUAUGUUAUGAGCACUGAAGAACCACUGAGAUUCAGUUUAUUUAGAAAGUUGUCCCUUGGCCUCUUGAAAUGGCUAAUUUACCACUACUGAAUUUUGUUCUCUACUUACUGGUGGUAUAUAUCACACUGUUUUACUUGGCAAAGCAGAAUCAACUUCUAGAACUGAACUAUGUUCUGGGGGGAAUGAAAUGGCAAAGUAACCAUCAAAUUAGUAGAACCACCUUUCUGAGAGGAAGCACCUCUCCAGAUAGUUCCAACCCAAGUUUCAAAGAGCAGCAUGAGGAUCUACUAUAAUUUGGCAGUGACUGAAGGAUGGUGGGGAGAAAGGUAUUCCCAAACCAUUUUCAUUUUCACUUUUCUUUUAUUUUUUCAUUAAGCUUAAGCUCUGUAUAGAAAAUUGAACCACCAUUAGAAUUUCUAGAAAACAAAGGAAACAUAUUCACCUAUGCUUUUAUAAAGACGGUCAUCCCAAAUGAAGAAAUCCUAUUGUAUAUACUAUAAGAUUUCUGGCAAAAAAAAAGAAUUUGUGGCAGCUAUCCCCACCAAAAACCAACCCUAUAGGCAAAGGUCAGUUUUAGCUGUGCUGGGAUUUACUGCCCAGAAAAUGUCAUUUAGCUUGUCACAUUGCUAGCACAGCUGCAUGUAGGAGCAAAGCACUGUUGACCGGUGUUUCUCAGUGGGGGGUGCUGUUGGCAUUUGGAGCUGGGCAAUUCACUGUUGUACAGAAAUGUCCCCCACCUUGCAAGAUGGGUAAUAUCCCAGGCCCCUGCUGACCAAAUGCCAGUGGUAUGCCCAGUCACUGUAAACACCAAAUGUAAAAAGCCCUCCCUAUAUUCAAGUGUCCUUCUUGGAGGGCACUACAACCCACUUUGAAUUCCACUGCCUACUGCAAUUUGGACACACCGGAAAAAGUGCCUAUUUCAACAUAUCAUCUUGACUGCCUUGCAUUUCUCUGGGCCCUGAAUAGUUUCUUGCCCCUUUAUUUUUCAAGCCUCCUGCUUUGAUGCAGCUUUAAUUUGCCAUUUCUUUGGGGAGGAAGUUCCCAGGCAGCGUUGGCAAUCCCGGUGGUCACAGUCACUUGGCUAGUGCUUGUGUGUACUUAAAGGAGAGAUUUCACAUGAAGUAACUAUUUUUUUCCUUUGGCCUCACAAUUUUACUUCAGAACUAUACAGUUGGUGAUAAUUCUCAUCAGUGUCAUGAAGAUUGUUACAUGGCUUACCCACAAACCCAACCACCAACAAUUCACAUAAACAAAAACUGUGGUCCAUGAACAUCACCAUUAGAUUUCACCUGGUAAGCUGCAUCCCUUGAGUUCCAAAACAGCUACCUGUUUAUCCUAUUAAGGAAGUAUUUAAUCCAUAUGCAAAUGCUUGAAUUCCCCCUAUAUAAGGAUAGUCGUGUUGUUCAACUUUGUAAGAUUUGUGAAUACUGAAUUAUGAAGGAAACAGAUUACGUGUGGGCCGCAUGCAUGUUGUUCAUACUUCAGUGAUGGUCGUACACAAAACAACAUGUUUUAUGUAGGUGAAACAUUAUUCAACUGUACCAACCAUACAUAAACAAAUUUAUUCUUUGUCACUGUUUAUCACCAAAAUGGAAUGGUAUAUAUGUCUCAAAAUGAUUUGGAUGAAUUGUGGCUAACAGGAUGGAAUUAAUUUGGCCACUAUAGUUUUUUAAAAUAUUAAAAUUUCUAAAUAUAUUUUUUGACACAGAGCAACUCAGAAUUGAUAAAGGUGGUUAUAUUGUGAACUUUUAGAUGGUGCUUAAGAAUUCUUACCUUGCUAAAUACCAGGUUUUUUUUUUAAAGAAUAAAUUGAAGGGAGUAAAUGAGGCAAAAUGCCACUCCACACUCAGGUCAAUUUUACGAUAUAUUAAAAUGCCAAUAAUAUUUGUGCCACUUGCCAAUUUAGAGUUUGUUUUUAUCAUUACAUAGCUUAGACAGCCUCCACAGGGAAAAGUCACCAUUGCAAUACUAAUUAGCAUUCAAAACCAAUCUGAGUGAAUCUAGGGUCAAACCACUUUUAUUGCUUAAAAUGUAGGCAUUAAUUCUUAUUUUUAUUUUUUCAAAUAUUUCUUCUGUGGCUUAGAAAUGUGCCAAUAUGUCCAAACAUUUUGCGCCAACUUUACCAGAUUCAGUACUUACUAAAAACUCCAAGGAAUCAUUUUUUUUAAUGUAACAAUGAUUUUUAAAUAUAGAGCUAUAUGCAUUCUGUUGUUACUUCAAGCUUUGGUUAAAGUGAUAAGAAUGGUAAGCUGUGAUCAUUAUCAGACUGACUGAAUGAUUCCCGAUUUCCAGUGAGUAAUCUAAUCCUACAUAUUGCACAGGUAUAGUAUCUGUGAGUGUAAAUAACUGGAACUGUACACUGAUUAACAUGACAGUUUCUUUUUUGCUGUUGUUCUUGAUCUGUACUGUAUUAUAGUAUGUGGGUAUAAACAUCUACAAAUAUACACACAUAUGUAUAUGUAUUCCACUAUUGUAACCUGAAAGACUAUGUAUUAUCUUUUUUAUUCCGUACUGAUGUUUGUGUUAUUUAAAAAGCAAAAUUAUGCUCUAUUUAGUUGUAUAAUAUUAUAGGAUACAUUGCUGUGCACAAUUCCAAGUGCCUUAGAACAUUGUUUAGCUUUCCUAAGUAUAUAUAAAUGCAUAUAUGUAUAAAAUUGGGAGAAGUUACCUCAAUAAAAUCAUUGGGAAAUGCCCA